AUGGCGGAGCCGAUGUCCAGACUCACCAACGACCUAAUCGCGGAGAUCCUGUCUCGCGUGCCCUACAAAUCACUCUGCAUCUGCAAGUGCGUCUGCCCGGCCUGGCGCGGCAUCAUCGCCGACCCCGCCAACCGGAACAAGAUGGCGCAGACCCUGGCCGGCUUCUUCUACCGCAUCAACGACGAAGCCACGGCCGAGCCCCGCGGCUUCGACGGCGUCAAGUACGCGGAUGUGUCUGCCUUCCCGUGGUCGCGCCUUCCACUGCCGCCUGACAGCGUGGACUCUUUCCUCUCCCUCGAGGAUUCAUGCGAUGGAUUGUUUCUUAUCAGCAUUCACAUGGGCGCCCUUGCUGGAAAUUUUCGCUACAUGGUCUCCAAUCCAGCUACCAGUGAGUACGCUCUGCUGCCUCACUCUGGCUACGCCGGCGACUGCUGUCGGCCUUACCUAGGUUUCGACAGUGAUGUGUCCACUCAAGAGUUCCAUGUGUUCCAGUUUGAACUGGAAAAAUGGGUUGCGAGUGGAGUGAAGAUCUACUCUUCAAAAACUGGUGUUGGCACUGCUAAGAUUUAA